AUAGCUAGCCUAUAGAACCCCACAGUCUCAUAAUACCCAUAAAACCUAGCGGUCAAACAGGGAAAUGGUUCCAAUUUUCCACCAUUCAUUGUUUCCCAUAGGGUAUUUUAGAAACACUUAAAAUAAGGGCUGUGUUUAAUCUAGGCAUCCCCUGGCGUGACGUUUAGAUAACCAUGUAAAUCUCUCAGACAAGGUGAUUUGUCAAUAUAUUCAGCUCUACUUUGAUUCAAAAAUGCUAAUUAGCAUCAAAAUAGACAUCAUGCAAUGUUACAAAAAACUCCUGCAUGACAUCUUUAGCUGGCACCUUUGCUAACAGGUACAUUUUAAAGAAAUGUCAUUACUACAUUUAGCCAACAUUAGAUAGUUAAUCCAGAGAUUCUUACCUUUGCCUCGAUUCGGCAGUCUCCAGAUCAUCAUGGCAUUUGUGGUUCAUUAUGAUAGCCACAUUAGCAGCUAUUUAGCGUUUCUUUUGUUAGGGGUAAAUACUGGCGAAUAUAUUUAUAAAAGUCACUUUGUCCAAGAGAGAUUUACACGGUUAUCAAAACAUCACGCCAGGGUAAGCAUACACAAAACGCAGCCCCUAUAUUAAGUGUUUAGAAAAUUCCCUAUAGGACAGGUGAACGGCUGAAAAAUGAUUGGAACCAUUUCCCUGUUUGACUGCACACUUUUAUGGGCAUCAGGGACAGAUCGAGCAGUUGGCAUGGGCCUGGUUGGCUUCAGCCUCCUAUUAUUUACAUACUACACAAUCUGGGUCAUCAUACUGCCCUUCGUGGACAACGAUCAUGUGGUCCACCAGUAUUUCCUUCCACGGGAGUACUCUAUCAUUCUACCUGGGAUUGCAGCAUUGAUACUGCUGCUCUGUGUAGGUACCUUCAUUGGCGUGGUCACCAGGAAGAACCGCAAGCCUAAGGUGGACUAAGAGGGAUGGUGUCACAGAGACUCUGUCAGACGGGUCAGGAUGUAGCGCUAGUAGUUAUGCUAACAGUAGCUUCACUAGAACCUCCCUGGUCCAGCGUCUUGCCUUACAUUCCGUUGGGAGAAAUCAAAAAUAAAGUCUGGCUUCUCUCUGAUGAAAACAUCUAAUGACUGAAAGACAUAAGACAAGACUUGAAGAGCUGCUGUAUACCAACACCUAUCCCUUCUCCUUAUUCAGACCCACAACCUUGUGGUUGGCAAUGCAUGUCAUCGGGCAAGUCAGAAGUCUUUUUUUUUUGGGUUGCCAAAAGAUUACGAUCACUUCCCUGAAAAUGUAAAUGAGUUCUUUACACACAAACUGCCAUUUAUGGCCUGCCUGUCACCUACACAUAGGGAAGGAAUCAGAUCAGUACUGGAAUUCUUUGUGUUUUGGUUGUUAUCAGUAAAAACAUUAAUAGCAGGCUCAACUUGCCCGACUGUCAUAAAUGCCAUAAAUUGUUUGUCUUUUGUGUAAACAAUGGGAAUGAACCAGGAUGAUCAGCUUUAGGCUACUGGAAUUCUUUUCAGUUUGAUUUCUAUAUGUAUUUAUUUUUCAUUACAUGCCCAUUGGGGCAAACUCAGAGCAGGCCAAACUUGUGCAACUGCUCACUUCACUUGACCCAGGCAAUAGGGCAACCCUUAAUGUCAAUCCCUGCAUGGCUGCAGAUGCUAUAUUUAUCCUUAAGGAGCAUUGUCACUUUGCCAGGGAUACAAAAUUCAAAAGGCAUGCAGGUGCAUGCAGGUGCAUGGCAACAAUUGAACAAGAUGAAGGAAAAAGGAAACUGCACACUGCUCUUGAUAGUAUCACCAAUCUUUAAUAAGCUUACACGUGAGGCCUUCUUCAGAGCUUUUUGAAUUUUUUUGAAAUGUGAACUCUUAUGUAAACCUAGCCCCACCCACAUCUGUUCCACACAUCGAAGGGGAUUGGGGGCAAAGGAAAAAAAGGGAUGAAAUCGAUGUGUCAGUAUUCACUUUCACUGUAUGUGGUCAGCCCUAGAUAAAAACCUGGCUUCAUAAUGUGGAGAAGAAUUAGAUUAGCUGAUUUUGUGGAGUACUAUAUCAGAUUCGAUCAAAGUUUCACUGGCGUCCCAUUUCACCACAUUUUGAAUGUCUUUUCAGGCACUGUUUUAAGACUUAAAUAUUUAUUUUGAGUUCUUAGUUGCUAAGAAUGACCAACGUCAAUUGUUUAGUUAGUAACUGUCGUCUUCACGGACUGAAAGGGCCCAAUUGAUAUCCAAGCAUAUUUAUUAUGUCCACACAAGCACUUGGUAUUUUAAAUAAUCAUUGUGGCAAAUUAGGAAAUCUGUCAUUCUUUUAAAUGCCAUUAAGUGCUUGGCUAGUGCAAGUACAAUAUAACUUAGCAUCUGAUAUGAUGGACGAUUUUCUAAAGUCUGUUGAGCAAAACAAGGUCUAAACAUGUGGAUGGUGUAUAGGGUUAAAGGUCCUCUGUAUUCACAAAAUAAAAUGUUUAUAUUGAUAA